CGCAUAGAGUGAGCACCGCCUCCCGCUAUCGGCUUCCUCGCGCUUCAGCAGCGGACUGCGGCUCCGUUAGUCGCCGGUUAGCGGACGGGGCCAGUCCGAGAGGCCAUGAGUCCCCUUACGUCGCAGCUGCUCAUGCAGCGUGGCCGACCCAAGACCGACCGGCUGGGGAAGAUCCGGAGCCUGGACCUGUCAGGGCUGAAACUGCUGUCAGAGCACCUGGACCCCAACCUCUUGGGCCGCCUGAAGCAUCUGCAGGAGCUGGACCUCUCCAACAACCAGCUGGAGGCGCUCCCUGCCAACCUGGGUCUGCCCCACCUCCGCGUCCUCCGCUGCGCCAACAACCAACUGGGAGAUGUCACAACCCUGUGCCAGUUCCCACUACUGGAGGAGCUCAGCCUAGAGGGCAACCCCUUCCUCACCGUCAACGACAACCUGAAAGUCUCCUUCCUCCUGCCCAACCUGCGGAAGGUGAAUGGCAAGGACGCAUCCUCCACCUGCUCUCAGGUGCAGAGCCUGAACCGAGAGCUGAGCAACCGAGUCACAGCGUACUGGGAGAAGUUCAUGGCAGCUCUGGGCCCUGAGCAGGAGGCUGAAAAAGUGCAGACUGACUUUGUGAACUCUGCUAUCAGGGAUGUGCACUACGGACCUGAGUCUCUCCGGGAGUUCACCCAGUGGCGGGUGCGGAUGAUCUCGGAGGAGCUGGUGGCCUCUGGUGGGACCAAGGCAUGUGAGACAGAUGCCCCAAAGAAGCCUCCAGGAGCAGCAGCUGCUGGCAGGCCCCGGGCCAGGCUGGCAGCCUUGAAGCGACCACAUGAUGUCCUGCUCGGCGCCUCUCCCACCAAGCGCACUAGUACCACACCAUCCACCAAGGUGGAGGGUGGCCAGUGUGCCCCGCAGCUGGAGCCCCUGCACUUCCUGCAGUGCCACAGCAGGAACAACAGCCCUCAGGACCUGGAGACGCAGCUGUGGGCCUGCGCCUUCGAGCCUGCUUGCGAGGAGGGGCACGAGGGGACCACCUCCCAAACAGUGGCCACGUGCGGCGGGGAGGCUGUGUGCGUGAUAGACUGCCAGACGGGCAUCGUCCUCCACAAGUACAAGUCACCAGGCGAGGAGUUCUUCUCUGUGGCCUGGACCACACUGACAGUGGUCACACAGGCGGGCCACAAGAAGCGCUGGAGUGUGCUAGCCGCCGCGGGCCUGCGGGGCAUGGUCAGGCUGCUGCAUGUGCGAGCCGGCUUCUGCUGUGGGGUCGUCCGGGCCCACAAGAAGGCCAUCGCCACUCUCUGCUUCAGCCCUACCCGAGAGACACAUCUCUUCACGGCCUCCUAUGACAAGCGGAUCAUCCUGUGGGACAUCGGGGUGCCCAACCAGGACUACGAAUUCCAAGCCAGCCAGCUGCUCACGCUUGACUCGGCCUCCAUCCCACUACGCCUCUGCCCUGUGGCCUCCUGCCCCGAUGUGUAUCUGCUGGCUGGCUGCGAAGGCGGCUGCUGCUGCUGGGACGUGCGGCUGGACCAGCCCCAGAAGAGGAGGGUUAGGGAGCAGCCUCCAGUGCCAUCUGCCAUCAACAGGGCAUGCGAGGCGGAGUUCACCUUCUCUGAGGGCUCGGAGACAGCCAGAUGCAGAGUGGACGGGCUAGCAUUUGUGAACGAGGACAUUGUGGCCUCCAAAGGGAGCAGCCCGGGCACCAUCUGCCUGUGGAGCUGGAAGCAGACAUGGGGUGCCCGCGGCGGCCAGUCUGUGGUGUCUGUGGUUAUCCUGGCUCAUCUGCAGUGGUCACCCACCGAGCUGGCCUACUUCUCACUCAGCACCUGCCCUGAACAAGGGCUUGUGCUCUGUGGUGACGAGGAGGGCAGCGUGUGGAUCUACGACGUCCAGCACAUCCUGAAGCAGCCGCUGCUGCCACCCGCCACCCCCCACGCCCCCACUCAGAUCCUCAGAUGGCCCCAGCCUAGGGCACUCGGCCAGCUGGUGACGAAGACCAUGGUAAACACAGUGGUGGCCAACGCUGCCUUCACUUACCUCACAGCACUGACGGACUCCAACAUCGUGGCGAUCUGGAAGAGGCCAUAGCUCAGCCCAGCCCCAGCCCCAGCGGGGACGGGGGUUCUCACUCAGGGUUAAUUAGUGGUAGUCUUUUAUCAGUGAAUAUUUUUAUUAAACAUCAUUAAAUUUU